GAGAUAUGAAAGUGAACCCAUCUUAUCAGGAUCAAUUUUGUGUUGUAAGGACGUAAACAACAUUCAGAGAGAAAAACACAGUCAUUACUGUGUAUUAACUGUUGAGACAGAGAGAGAUUUCUGAGAUGAUACAAAACUCAUUGUGUGCUUCAGUAUCUGCAUCUGCUUUUAGAUGAUAGCAUGAACUUCACAAUGAAUCUCUCUGAAGAACACACAGACACAAAAACAAACCAGAGUCAAUCAGUUUUACCUGAACACAGCAAUGUGUCUCUGAUGAGAAGACAAACAAUGAAUCCUCAACACGAGGAAAACUCUUCUGCUGAGCUCAGUUUGUGUCAGAAAGAAUCGGCUGAACCCAGCUGUGUGUCCAUGAAUAGUGAUGCGUCAAUGGAUCAUCUAAUAGAUUUCAGUUUGGGAGACUCUUCUGCUGAUCUGAGUAAAAAAAGAGAUCAAACUGAAUCACAGAUUAUAAAGGAGAACCUGGACUCUAUUUUUAAGGAAGUUGAGCAGAAAAUCAUCUCUGUAAUGAAGAAUGAGUUGAACAGUUUUAAGAGACUGUUGAGUCCAGAUUACCCAGAAUGCAUUGAGAGAGAGGAGGAGGAUAAUAAAAGUCAUAUCAGAGUCAGAGAGGCGUUUCUGAAGAUCACACUGCACAUCUUGAGGACGAUGAACCAGAAAAACCUUGCAAACACAUUACAGACCAAACUGAUGCCUGUAUAUCAACAAAAUCACAAAUCCAGACUAAAGGAGAAAUAUCUGAGAGUUAAUGAAGGGAUCUUCCGACACGGUGACUCAACAGAUUUAAAUGAGAUCUACACAGAGCUUUACAUCACAGAGGGAGGGAGUGGAGAGAUCAAUAAUGAACAUGAAGUGAGACAGAUUGAGACAUCGUCCAGAAGAUCAGAGACACAGGAGAGACAAAUCAAAUGUAAUGACAUCUUUAAAGCAUUACCUGGACAACACAAACACAUCAGAAGUGUGCUGACUAAAGGAGUCGCUGGAAUUGGAAAAACCGUCUCUGUACAGAAGUUCAUUCUGGACUGGACUGAAGGAAAAGAAAAUCAGGACGUUCACUUCAUAUUUCCACUUCCUUUCAGAGAACUGAAUUUGAUCAAGAACAAUCUCAGUCUUAUGGAUCUUGUCAAUCACUUUUACAUAGAAACGAAAAAACUUACAUUAACAGAUUAUGAUGACUAUAAAGUCAUGUUUAUAUUUGAUGGGCUGGAUGAAUGUCGACUACAUCUAAAUUUCCACAACAAUCCGAGUUUAUCCGAUGUAACAGAAUCGACUUCAGUUGAUGUGCUGCUGACAAACCUCAUCAAAGGAAAUCUGCUUCCUUCUGCUCUGAUCUGGAUAACCUCUCGACCAGCAGCAGCCAAUCAGAUUCCUCCUGAAUGUGUUGAUCAAAUCACAGAGGUACGAGGAUUCAAUGAUCCUCAGAAGGAAGAAUAUUUCAGGAAGAGGAUAAAUGAUCAGAGUCUGUAUGAUAAAAUCAUCACACACAUUCGAUCAUCAAGAAGUUUGUACAUCAUGUGUCACAUCCCAGUCUUCUGUUGGAUUACAGCCACUGUUCUAGAGAGAAUAUUGAGUGAAGCAGAGACUGAAGAGAUCCCCAAGACUCUUACACAAAUGUUCACACACUUCCUGAUCUUUCAGACCAAACUGAAGAGUCAAAAGUAUUAUGGGAAAUAUGAAAUAAAUCCUGAUCAGGCUAGAAAGAGCAUUUUCUCAUUAGGAAAGUUGGCUUAUGAGCAGCUGGAGAAAGGGAAUCUGAUCUUCUAUGAGGAGGAUCUGAGAGAUUGUGGCAUUGAUGUGAAAGAAGUGUCUGUGUAUUCAGGAGUUUGUACUCAGAUCUUCAGAGAGGAGCCUGGACUUCAUCUGGGGAAAGUGUUCAGCUUUAUACAUCUGAGCAUUCAGGAGUUUCUAGCUGCUUUAUUUAAGAUGAUUUCAUUUUCUAAACAAAAUACAGGACCCAGGAAUGUGUUCAGGUCAACUAUGACUGAUUUACUGAAGCAAGAAGUGGACAAGGCCUUACAGAGUGAGAACGGACACUGGGAUCUUUUCCUUCGAUUUCUUCUGGGUCUCACACUGAAGUCUAAUCAAACUCUCUUACAAGACCUCAUGAGAAAGACAGUAAACAGCUCUCACAGUCAGGAAACAGUUGCUUACAUUAAAGAGAAGAUCAGAGAGAAUCAAUCUCCAGAGAAAUCCAUCAAUCUGUUUUACUGUCUGAAUGAACUGAAUGAUCAAUCUCUAGUGCAGGAAGUCCAAACAUUCGUGAACAGAACCGGUGUCAGUCGUCUCUCUGGAGUCAAACUGUCUCCUGCUCAGUGGUCGGCUCUGGUGUUUGUGUUACUGACCUCAGAAAAGGAGCUGGAUGAGUUUAUACUGGAAAAAUAUCAUCCAUCAGAAAAAUGUCUAUUGAGACUCCUGCCAGUGAUCAAAGCAUCCAGAAAAGCUAAGCUGAAUAACUGCAGUAUUACAGAUAAAGGUUGUGUUGCUUUGGCUUCAGCUCUGAGAUCAAACCCCUCACAUCUGAGAGUUCUGGAUCUGAACUUUAAUAAACCAGGAAAUUCAGGAGUGAAGCUGCUCUCUGAUGUACUGAAGGAUUCACGCUGUAAACUGGAGACACUACAGCUGUGGAGCUGCAGUAUUACAGAUGAAGGUUUUGUUGCUUUGGCUUCAGCUCUGAGAUCAAACCCCUCACAUCUAAGAGAUCUGAAUCUGAGCUGUAAUAAUCCAGGAGAUUCAGGAGUGAAGCUGCUCUUUGAUGUACUGAAGGAUUCACGCUGUAAACUGGAGAAACUACAGUUGAAUGACUGCAGAAUUACAGAUGAAGGUUUUGUUGCUUUGGCUUCAGCUCUGAGAUCAAACCCCUCACAUCUGAGAGAUCUGAAUCUGAGCUGUAAUAAACCAGGAGAUUCAGGAGUGAAGCUGCUUUCUGAUGUACUGAAGGAUUCACGCUGUAAACUGGAGAAACUACAGCUGUGGGACUGCAGUAUUACAGAUGAAGGUUUUGUUGCUUUGGCUUCAGCUCUGAGAUCAAACCCCUCACAUCUGAGAGAUCUGGAUCUGAGCUUAAAUAAUCCAGGAGAUUCAGGAGUGAAGCUGCUCUCUGAUGUACUGAAGGAUUCACGCUGUAAACUAGAGAAACUACAGCUUUCCAGUUGUGAUAUUACAGAUGAAGGUUGUGUUGCAUUGGCUUCAGCUCUGAGAUCAAACCUCUCACAUAUCAGAUAUCUGAAUCUGAGGAAAAAUAAACCAGGAGAUUCAGGAGUGAAGCUGCUCUCUGAUCUAAAAAUGGAUCCAAAUUGUAAUCUGGACAUAUUAUAUAUUUGACUUCUAACAGUCAGACACUCACUGAUGAAAACUUCAAGACCUUCAGCUGGUGAAUCAAAAUAUCUGUUGUGUGUCCUGAACAACACGAUCAGCUGAACAAACACAUUUAUAUUAAAGAACUGUUUUCAAACAAAUGGGGGUAGCUAACUCCUCCCCCUUCCUUCCGUGCUUUCAUGAACGCGCCCAACUCCCACCCCCAAAUCCUUCUUGUCGUUUAUUGGCUGGAACACUUUGUUUCAUGGUGGUAGGUUUAGCCACUGUGUUUUUAUUGCAGUUUGUGGAGCCUGGGCUGUCUGCAGAGAUUGCGUUUUUUUACAGUUUGAUCAGCAGUCAGGCAGCAAGCAGAUAGUGAGCAGAUGUUUACUGUAUGUAACAAAAAAUGUUUUAUGGUCUAAAACACGUGAAUUCGCUUAGAGCACCUUUAAUUCAUUUACAAGCUAAAGAUUUCUGUUAUAUGAACACAGAUAGAAAUUUACUUGAAUAUGAAUCUACUGUAUGUGCUGUCAGAGUCUUACCCUAAUUUGUUGUUGGUUUUCUCCUCAUAUUUUUUGUUCAUUAAUAAUUAAUAUAUGUUGCGUCAUCACGGUGCGUGGCACGGCUGCGAACUGCAUCCAGGCGUUGUCUCAUUUGUUUGUUUUUUUAUAUUUUGUUGUGUUUGUUUUACUGUGUGUUGGGUGGUGUUGCAUAAAUGGGAGAACUGUGUUACUCCAAAGGGCCAAAGAUACGCUGCAAGUGUUUAUGUAGAUUAUUUAGAUAUACUGUGGCAGCAAGUACAAUGGACAUAUGGUGAGGUCGACAUGAAUCAGUGUGGCAUGGACACUGGUACUGCUGUUGUAUACAGUAGAAGGGCCUUGCUGAAAAUAAAACAAACAGUAACCCAGAGGAGUAGUCUGGGUGCACCUGCAAGCACAGUUUACAGCCUGUAAAAUUAAUGUGAAACCAUGAAGUAGAAAACCGGAAAAAAAGUGAGAGUUUGGUCCCCUGACAGUACUGAACAACUUAAAGCAUGUUUUGAUUACACUGUAUGGAAGGUGUUCAUUUUUUGCUCCCUGGAUGAAAUGUCUGCAGUGAUAACACAUAACAUAUAUUUUUAUGUGCAGACAGUGAUAACCCCUAAGAAGAUAAAGAUUUAUCUGAAUAACAUCUGAAGACGUAUAUAACCAAAGAUGUUAAACAGGUGAUGAAUUUACGUUACAUUAGUAAUAUGCUCGCUUAUAAUGUCGAGUCAUAGCCGCAGCAAAUUUGACUGCUUAUGCUAUCGUGUAUUAUGUUGUGCUAUCUGUCAUUUUUUCUGUGCUUUUACUGCUUCUAUUAAUGUAAAGCUGCUUUGAAACAAUUAAGUAUUGUGAAAAGCGCUAUAUAAAUAAAAUUGAAUUGAAUUGAAAUGAAUUUGAGGAAAAGUGCCUUUAAAAAGAAGGAUGCAAAACAAAUUAAGUGUUUGACUAAGGAGUUAAGGGAAAAUAUGUAUGGCAAGAAAGGACAUCUGGUUUAAGGUGGCAGUAGCUAGUCUAAGCUAGUCCUCCCAGCCUGGCAAAGCUGGUCAAGCUGGUGUGUCAGCUAGUCUUUCACCCUGACCAGCUAAGUCCAGCUAGACCAGCUUAAAAAGUGACCAAAACACAGCUAAACCAGCUUGCUACAACAGCAUUACCAGCUAAAACCAAGCUGGGAGACCAGCUAAAACCAGCUCACCAGCUUAUACUGGUCUUAGCUGGGUUUUUCAGUAGGGAGAAUUGGGGGAAAUUUGCCCCGUAUAGCUUUAACCCCAAUUAUUAUAAAAAGUUUAGAAAAGGUUGUGGUAAAAGUGCAUUUGAAGUCAGCGGAGGGUAAAUUGGACAUGUAUCAGUUUGCAUAGAAGAGAAAUCGCAGUACUGAAGAUGAAGUUGCAACAAUGCUACACCUGAUUUUGAAACACCAGCCCAAAACUAUUUCUUGAGCCCUGUUUCUAGAUUUUACCUCUGCAUUUAAUACCAUACAACCAGAGCUUCUAUUGACAAUGAUUUAAAUGUAAAUUGACCUGUAUCUGAUUCAGUACUAUUACUCAUUCUGGAUAUGCAGAAUACAGAUGGUGAGAGUCAAUCAUAUGUAUUCAAAUCAUAUUGUCACUUAUUCAGGAGCAGCCCAUGGAUGUGUGAGUUCACAUUUUCUGUUUACCUUAUAUACAGAUGAUUAUAAAACAGACAAUGCUAACACAUGUAUACUGAAGUUUUCAGAUGAUACUGUGGUGUUGUCUUUAUUGAGGAUGGAGGACGACUCCAGUAUUUAUCAGUGUUGUAUGAAUAGACUGAUGGAAUGCUGUGAUAGGAAUCACUUAUAAUAAAUGAAAAGAAAACAAAGGAAAUUAUCUGUAGUAUCUUAAGUUCAUGCAUCAAACACAAGUGAUUGUACAUGAUACACUGAUUGAAGUUGUGCCAUCUUAUAAAUAUUUGGGUGUCUUUGUGGACGCUACUUUAUCCUGGAGUGCACAUAUAGGGGCAGUUUCCCGGAAAGUGAUUAGACUAGUCCUAGACUAAAAUAAAUGUAAGAGCAGUCCAAACUGAAAGCAACUUGCACUGACAUAUCUUAAAAUACAUCAGUGCCCUUUGUUUUGCUUCAAAAUGCAGACAAGUAAUGUUUUUAGUAAUGCAUGUUUGUUAAAACUAGUUAUAUUUCCUAUUUAAACUAAGGCCUAGUCC